CUCUCCUCUCCUCGCCGUCGUCGUCCACUCGUUCGUCGCUGCCUCCUCCACCACCACCUUCCUUCCAGUAGUCCAGUGCCGCCACCUUGCCCCCUCCCCCCCGAUUACCCCCCGCGGUUAACCUCGCCAAUCCGGUCCCGCCGCGGUAUAAAUCCGGCCUUCUCGCCCCGCACCCUUCGUCGCACCCCGCUCCGACCACAACCCUAGCGGUAGCGGCGCGCCCCGGCAUGGGCUAGGGUUCCCGCGGCGAUGGAGUGGGACAGCGAUUCCGACGGCGGCGGUGACGACGAGGAGGAAGAAGAGGUCCGCCCCGGGGGCGGGGGCGGGGACGCGGGCCCGGGGUUCUCGCUGGCCAUCGAGGGCGUGCUGGGCGCGUGCGGCAUGGUGGUCUCCGACGCGCUCGAGCCCGACUUCCCCAUCAUCUACGUCAACCGCGGGUUCGAGGAGGCUACCGGAUACCGCGCCGAGGAGGUGCUCGGGAGGAACUGCCGGUUUCUACAAUGCAGAGGACCAUUUGCUCAGAGGAGACAUCCCCUUGUUGAUGCAGCAGUUGUUACUGGGAUUCGGAGAUGUUUAGAGGAAGGGACUGAGUUUCAGGGUGACCUGUUGAAUUUUAGAAAAGAUGGUUCUCCAUACAUGGCAAGGCUGCAAUUAACACCCAUAUACGGAGAUGAUGAAAUGAUAACACACUAUAUGGGUAUCCAGUUUUUCAAUGAUUCUAAUGUUGACUUGGGUCCUUCACCUGGCUCUGUAACAAAAGAACUUGCGAGAUCCACAUGGAUUGCACCUGGCAACACUGACUCACCAACUUCAGUAGGCAAGGGUAAUUUGUGGGAACAUUCUAGUCUCUUUCUGCUGAGUGAUGAGGUAAUUUGCCAGAAGAUCUUGUCUAAAUUGUCACCCAGGGAUAUAGCAUCGGUAAACUCUGUUUGCAAGCGAUUUUAUCACAUGACAAGGAAUGAAGACCUUUGGAGGAUGGUUUGUCAGAAUGCAUGGGGCACUGAAGCUACUCGGGCCCUUGAGACCGUGGCAGGAUCAAGAAGUUUGGCAUGGGGCCGGCUAGCACGAGAGUUGACCACCCUUGAAGCUGUUGCCUGGAGGAAAUUGACAGUCGGUGGUGCAGUGGAGCCAUCUCGCUGCAACUUCAGUGCCUGUGCUGUAGGGAAUCGUGUUGUCCUAUUUGGUGGAGAGGGUGUUAACAUGCAGCCAAUGAAUGAUACAUUUGUGCUGGACUUGAGUGCCAGCAAGCCAGAAUGGAGGCACAUCAAUGUGAGCUCAGCUCCUCCUGGUCGCUGGGGCCAUACCCUAUCAUGCCUGAAUGGAUCACGGCUGAUUCUGUUUGGUGGCUGUGGGGGGCAGGGGCUGCUUAAUGAUGUCUUCAUUUUGGAUCUUGAUGCGCAGCAUCCAACUUGGCGUGAGAUUCCUGGCCUUGCACCCCCUGUACCGCGGUCAUGGCAUAGCUCUUGCACUGUGGAUGGAACCAAGCUGGUGGUUUCUGGUGGAUGUGCUGACUCUGGUGUUCUUCUCAGUGAUACCUACCUCCUAGAUGUGACGAUGGAAAAACCUGUUUGGAGGGAGAUACCUGCAUCUUGGUCUCCACCUUCCAGGCUGGGGCACUCACUAUCCGUCUACGAUGGCAAGAAAAUCCUGAUGUUUGGUGGCCUUGCUAAAAGUGGUCCUCUACGGCUUCGAUCUAGUGAUGUGUUCACUCUAGAUUUAAGUGAAGACAAGCCUUGCUGGAGGUGCAUCACUGGCAGCAGGAUGCCAGGAGCUGGUAAUCCUGCUGGAGUUGGCCCACCUCCUCGCCUUGAUCAUGUUGCCGUGAGCCUUCCUGGUGGGAGAGUUUUGAUAUUUGGUGGGUCUGUGGCGGGUCUUCACUCUGCUUCAAAACUUUACCUCCUGGAUCCAACUGAAGAGAAGCCAACCUGGAGGCUUCUGAAUGUUCCAGGGCAUCCUCCACGGUUCGCCUGGGGCCACAGUACUUGUGUUGUUGGAGGGACAAAGGCAAUAGUUCUUGGAGGACAAACUGGAGAAGAGUGGAUGCUAACUGAAAUAUAUGAGCUUUCUCUAGCAAGCUCAUUAAUCUGAGAUGGGAAGGUCCCAGCAAGCUUUCCAUCUUCCUUGAAGCAAUGUCUCUGGAGAGAAUCCAGCUGCCUGUUCAUGUGACUGAGGCUGAUUAUUUUUUCAACAGUGGGGUACAAGAAAAGGGGUUGGUGAAGUGGACAACCAGACCUGAUUACUUGUGCCAUGCCUGGGAGUCGGCUGGUCUAGAAGUAGGAAUAAGUUACCUCUGCUGUUGUUGUUUGUAUGGUCUACCAUGAUGAAAUAGCUGGCAUCCAUAAGCUAAUCUCAGUUCUUAUCAUGUUUACAAGGGGACUGGCAUUGUGUAGCUGGAGCCCCUGAUGCAACACGUACUCUGCCUUCUGGUGGCGCUGCCUUAGGUGACAAGUGAUGCUGUGGUCUUCUGUUUUUUGAUCCAUCAACUGCUGCUUUCUGGAGAAGCUGUAACACUGUUGUAUUUAGUUAUGCCUUUGCGCCACUUUGGCUUACUCAAUUGCUGCUUUCUGGAGAAGCUGUAACACAAACACCAGUUGUAUUUAAUUUUGCUUUCGUAUCACUUUGUGCUUACCCCAGGUGAUAGUGAUACUUAUAACAUUUUCUUUUUAAUCUUAUUAUCAAAGGAUGAAUAUUAAAAAUUCCAUCUUAUCUGUA